GCCGAACAAGCCUCUACCUAGAGUUCUAGAUCCAGGCUCCGUCCGCCUCCCCGCCGCAAGUCCGCCUCUCUUCCUCCUCUUGUCGUCGUCCUCGCUCCCCUCACCUAGAGCCUGGACCGGCGUGCAGUGGAUAUCCAUCCGUGCUUGGACUGCCUUCUUCUUUAGCUGUUUCAUAGAAAGCUCCAUUAUCAGCCAUGUUUGGACGCAUGCCAAAGAAGAGCAACAACACCAAGUAUUACGAGGUUCUCGGUGUAUCUAAGACCGCAAGCCAGGAUGAGCUGAAGAAAGCAUACAGGAAGGCUGCAAUAAAAAAUCACCCUGAUAAGGGUGGAGACCCUGAGAAGUUUAAAGAAUUGUCUCAAGCUUAUGAGGUUCUUAGCGACCCGGAAAAGAGGGAGAUCUAUGACCAGUAUGGAGAAGAUGCACUGAAAGAAGGAAUGGGAGGAGGCAGCAGCAGCAGCAAUUUCCAUAGCCCGUUCGAUAUAUUUGAGCAACUUUUUGCGGGUGCUGGUGCCUUUGGGGGAGGUACCUCAAGAGGACGCAGACAAAAGCGUGGUGAAGAUGUGGUGCACACUAUGAAGGUUUCUUUAGAAGAUCUGUAUAAUGGGACAACCAAAAAACUAUCUUUAUCACGGAAUGCUUUGUGCGCAAAAUGCAAGGGGAAAGGAUCCAAGAGUGGGGCAACAGGAACUUGCCAUGGUUGUCAUGGUGCUGGAAUGAGGACAAUAACAAGACAGAUAGGCCUUGGCAUGAUCCAACAGAUGAAUACUGUUUGCCCUGAAUGCAAAGGAUCAGGUGAGAUCAUAAGUGAAAGGGAUAAAUGCCCAAGCUGUAAAGGAAGCAAAGUAGCCCAGGAGAAGAAGGUCUUGGAGGUUCAUGUGGAGAAAGGAAUGCAACAUGGCCAAAAGAUCGUAUUCCAGGGUGAAGCUGAUGAAGCUCCUGAUACGGUGACAGGAGACAUAGUUUUUGUUUUACAACUUAAAGAUCAUCCAAAAUUUAAGAGGAAGUAUGAUGACCUAUAUAUUGAACACACAAUCUCUCUCACCGAGGCUCUGUGUGGCUUCCAGUUUGUUCUGACUCAUCUUGAUGGCCGGCAGCUUCUAAUCAAAUCCAAUCCUGGGGAGGUUAUAAAACCUGGACAACACAAAGCCAUAAAUGAUGAGGGCAUGCCUCAACAUGGCCGUCCUUUCAUGAAGGGUCGUCUGUUUGUUGAAUUUAACGUUGAGUUUCCUGAGCCUGGUACACUCAACCCUGGCCAAUGUCGAUCACUUGAGAAGAUUCUUCCACCGAAGCUGGGGAGCCAACUGUCGGACAUGGAGCUCGAUCAGUGUGAGGAGACCACCCUGCACGAUGUCAACAUAGAAGAGGAGAUGAGGCGCAGGCAGCAGCAGAAGCGACAGGAAGCAUAUGAUGAAGACAAGGAGGAUGCUGAACCAAGGGUACAAUGUGCCCAGCAGUAAGAUCAGGGAUAAUUGAAACGUUGCCAAACGUUUUCCGUAACGUUUGGUUAUCUCAUUUUUUUUUGCAGAAUUUAAACCAUUUUGAACUUCAAACAUCUAGUUAGCAAGCAGAGUCCAAAAAAGAGCUCAUAAUGGUAUAGUCGUGCUGUGACCAUUACUCGCAGUACCCACCUGAAUUCGGAACCCAGGUCGUUCAGAUAUGAUUUGCUGAGCACACCUGUGCCAUGCACAUCUGCCGUAGUUGGCUCCAUUCCAUUGUUCUCUCUCUCUCUCUCUCUCUCUCUCUCUCUCUCUCUCUCUCUCUUUUUGCGAGGAUUUCCAUUGUUCAUUCUAUUUACUCGCCUGAAGUAUCUGAUGUACGGUGUACUACUAUUAUUCUGCUGUGUGAUGCCUGGCGUUGUUGGCCCUGGAUUGUUA